AUGGUUGGAAUAAAUGCACGGAUAAUUAAUGGAGAAGAUGCAGUUCCAUAUAGUUGGCCAAUGAUGGUAUCAUUGACAAAAGCUGGUCUAGGACAUUUCUGUGGUGGAACAAUUCUUGAUGAAUGGCAUAUUUUAACUGCAGCGCAUUGUGUUGAUUCAUACUACAGUGGUGUAACAUCUUCGGAUUUCAUGAUCGCUGCUAAUAUACAUAGUCAAUCUCAAACAAAUAGAAUAAUUCGUCAAGUUGAUAAAAUUAUUAUUCAUCCUUUGUGGGACAAAUUUCAUCACAUUAUCCUAUAUGAUAUUGCUAUACUUCGUUUAGCUCAACCACUUGAUUUACAAAAAAAUUCUUCUAUUGCUCGCACAUGUCUACCACCGCGUUCAAAUACAUUAGAUGAAAUGAUGAAUUAUCCCACAAAUGGUACUCGUUUAGUCGUCACUGGAUGGGGUUCGAUAAAUUACGAACAGUCCAGUCCUGAUACUUUACAACAAGUAACUAUUAAUUUCAAGCAUCAUUUUGAUAAAAAAUGUAAUGCUAUGAUUUAUAAUCCAUAUAUACACUUUUGUGCAGGAACAGAUAAAGAUGAGAAAAGUGACUCAGGUGGUCCUAUUUUCCAAUGGAUAGGAGAUCGAUGGGAACAACUGGGUAUUGUAUCAUACGGUGUAGGUGGUUGCGCAAUGAAAGGCUACUCAGCUGUUUAUACUCGAAUAUCACACUUUAAUGAUUGGAUCGAAUCACAUAUUCACAAUAACAAUAAUCAAACAGCUAUAUCUAAUAAUAUAACAUCAAAUAAUCCAGCUAUUUUUCAGUGCAGUACAUAUCCAAGUACAAGUAAAUGUGGUUGUAGUAAUCGAAAUGUAAUAUUAUCUUCGCCAACAAAUGCUCCAAGUGAAAAUGCAUUACCUUACACAUGGACGAUGAUUGUGUCAAUACGUACUGGUACUACCAAUCAACAUAUAUGUACAGGAACAAUUCUAGAAGAUUUAUAUAUUCUAACAGCAGCUCAUUGUUUGACAAACUAUAAGCCACAAGAUAUAACAAUUGAAGCUGGGAUGUACUAUCAAACUGAAAGCGAAGCAAUAAUUCGACAAGUGGAUCAAAUUUAUAUUCAUCCUAAUUAUAGUACAUAUUCAGAUCAAUAUAUAAAUGAUAUUGCUAUAUUACGUCUUACAAAGUCACUCUAUGUUGAUAAUAAUAACUAUGUUUCACGAACAUGUAGAUCAUCGACUUAUAAUCAAUGGAUGGAUGUGAAUAAUUAUCCAUUAGAUGGCACUCGAUUAGUUAUUAGUGGAUGGGAUAUUACCCAUAUAUCUAGUUCUUCUAAAUCAAAACUAUUACAACAAGCUGAAAUCUAUGCUUUUAAUAAUAACCAUUCAAAAUGUUUUCUGUCCGGAUAUGAAAAUCAGAUACAGUUCUGUGCUGGUCGCAAUCAAAACAAUAAUGAUGAUUCAGGGAGUCCUGUUUUUGAAUGGAUUGAUAGCCGUUGGAUACAAGUUGGCCUUGCAUCACAUUGUAGAUUAGCUGGUGGUUCUGGUAUAUUUACAAAACUUAGUAGUUAUUCUAAUUGGAUAGACACUUUACUUAAUUCUACCGUUAUCAAUGCAUCUUCUCAUGUAUAUCAGUGUGAUAAGAAAGCAUCAUGUGGUUGUGGACAAAGUGAUGUAGUUCUAACGUCUGGUCGUAUUAUUGGUGGUGAGAAUACCAUUAAGUAUAGUUGGCCGAUGAUGGUAUCAAUUCAAAUACGUGAUGGAUAUCAUGAGUGUAGUGGAACAAUUUUAUCUGAUUCAUUUAUCUUAACUUCUGCUCAAUGCAUUUAUUACUAUAUUGAUACUAAUUACUAUAAUAUAACUAUUGCUACUGGCAUUUAUGAUGUUUCUUCAACAAUUAAAGUUACUCGAAGAGUUGAUCGAGUUUAUAUUCAUCCAGAUUAUUCAAGAACGCAACCAUAUUUACAUGAUAUUGCUAUUCUUCGUGUUAAUCAACCAUUUCCAUUAGGAGAUAAAUCUCCUGAAUAUUUACAAAAAAUAUGUAUAUCUAUUGAAAAUGAAUUUCCAUUCAAUCAAUAUCCACAAUUAAAUUCAGAAUUAGUAGUAGUUGGAUGGGUCAGGUCUAGUUAUACAGCUGAAACAACAAACACCAUUGACCAAAUAUCCGUUGGAAUGAUUGAUACUAAACAAGAAUCAUGUUUAAAUUCUAUUACUAAUGAUACUUAUCAGUUCUGUGCUGGAUUAUCAAAUGAUAAUGAAGGUGCAAAACUCAAUUAUUUAGAUUAUAAGGAUUUGGGUGCACCAAUAAUGAUGUAUAAAAAUAAUCAUUGGGAACAGGUCGGAAUUGCGACAGUUGACAUGUACGAAUAUGAACCUAGUCUUAGGGAUCGAGCACAAGUAUACACACGACUAUCACCAUAUAGAGAAUGGAUGAAACGUAUUCUUAAUUCUUCGUUACCUGCUUAUUCAUCAUCGAUAAAUGAUAGUAGUACUACGAUAAGUAGUCGUCGUACCACGACACGUAGUAGUCGUACUACGAUGAGUAGUGGUGGUACUACGAUGAGUAGUAGUCGUACCACGAUAAGUAAUACUGUUACUACGACGACUAACAGUGGUACUAACAAUUAUCAACAAAAUCAUUUCAUCUAUCAAAUAUUCGGACUUUCAAUCGUCAUGUGUCUAUAUUCUUCUACAUGGAUAUGGAAUCGUGAAUGA